AUGCCUCCAGGUACUCGUGCUGCACGUCAACGUGUCGAGAACGACGAGAACUCGACGCGUCCUCUUACACGAGCCAAGUCUGCUGCUCUCAACGCGGACGAAGCCGCCAUGCCGUCCAAGGGUGCCUUGCAGCCGAAGAAGUCAGCUGCCAAUCUUGGCAUUGCUGGCAACCAAAGAAAACGUACAGCUCUGGGCGACAUGAGCAAUGUCAACAAGCCGGAUGCCAUUGAAGGGAAAAAAAUCGUUGGCAAGGUUGGCUUCACCUCCAAGGCUCAUCCUGUAGGCAUCCAGAAAAGCUCUGCCCGACCUACUCGUACCGCUAGCUCCGCCGCCAAGGAACCAAAGAAGACUGAAGUCAGGCGAGCCGGCCCGGGUUCUCUCGCCGCCCCAAAGAGGAAAGUCGCAUCUUCUACCCACAACAAGGAACAAGAAGACGCCGUCGUUGAAGACGCUCAGCCUGCCCGUAAGAGGGCAAACAAGGAAAAGGUAGUAGACCUUGUUCAGGACGAAAAUCGCGUCAAAGGAGUCCAGGUUGACAAGGAGGAAACCGCCGAAUUGUCUGACGAUAAGAAGAUACCAGACGGUGUUCACACGAUUGAGGAAGAUGACUGGGAUGAUCCUCUCAUGGUGGCCGAGUAUGCCACGGAGAUUUUUGAAUAUCUUCGCGACCUCGAAUGCCGCUCAAUCCCCAACCCUCAAUACAUGUCACAUCAAGAUGAUCUCGAGUGGAAGACGCGAGGUAUUCUCAUUGACUGGCUUAUUGAAGUCCACACGAGAUUUCACCUUCUUCCCGAGACGCUUUUCCUUGCCGUCAACAUUAUUGAUCGCUUCCUGUCGGAAAAGGUUGUUCAGCUUGACCGUCUCCAGCUUGUCGGCAUCACCGCCAUGUUCAUUGCUUCCAAAUACGAAGAAGUGCUCUCGCCGCACGUUGAGAACUUCAAGCGCAUCACCGACAACGGCUUCAGCGAGGCGGAAAUUCUGAGUGCCGAGCGAUUCCUGCUCAGCACUCUCAAUUACGACCUGAGCUACCCGAAUCCCAUGAAUUUCCUUCGCCGGGUGUCCAAGGCGGACAACUAUGACAUCCAGUCUCGCACCAUCGGCAAGUAUCUUACGGAGAUUAGCCUUCUCGACCAUCGCUUCAUGGCCUAUCGACCGAGCCACUGCGCUGCUGCCGCCAUGUACCUAGCACGCAUGAUGCUUGAUCGUGGCCCAUGGGACGAUAUCUUGGCAUACUAUGCUGGUUAUGACAAGCAAGAGGUCCAGCCAGUCGUUGAUUUGAUGAUUGACUAUCUUGCCCGUCCUGUCGUCCAUGAAGCAUUUUUCAAGAAGUAUGCAAGCAAGAAGUUUCUCAAAGCUUCUAUCCUAGCAAGAUCGUGGGCCAAGAAGAAUGCACCUAUUUUCGGUAUCACAGAUACUGAGCUGUCUUUGGACCAAAUAUCAUGA